AUGAUUGCACAAAAUAGUGCCCUCACACUGACCUUCAAUCAUCUCGUAUUACCCCCGAGACUACCUGGUCGGCAGGACUCUGAAGCUGAAGCUCAAGACGUCCAAAAGGACCUGGUGCACCGUGUACUCGACGCGCUCGAAAGUCUUAAAGGUAGUCUGGACGAAAAGGCUGCGGUUGCUUGGGAAGCCAUUGAGAAAGCGCUUAAUAUAUGCAAGGAAGUGAACCAUGAUGGAUGCAUUAAUGAGACAUCAUUGCUCAAUGCACUUACAAAGCUGCAGCAGAACAAUGCGAUUAUUUUAUACGUCGGUGCACAAAAUGCGUGCAUCCUUAUCAGAAAGCCACAUGACGACGAGAAAACAGUCAUAUUUGAAGCAUUCGAAACUUCACCCGCAGCGGAGCCAGUUCUCGCAGCAAAAGGCACUCUACAGUGGGACUUUCCAGGAUCGGCAGUGUCUGUUCCGCUCGACGUGUUUGAUAAUCCAGUAUUCCUCAGGAGUCUAGCUGCAUUUCUCGAGCGGGCAAGUUGCGAAGUUCUGGAUGAAUUUACACCCAAAACACGGAAGGCUGGGGCUGAGAUUUCCGAAACUCGCGAUACAGUUAAUCCCGCGAUAAUCACCCAGUUCCUUAUGACACUGCUGCAGUCGAACGGGUGUCGGAUAUACCCACCAGUACUCCGUAAACGUGUCAAAGAUGAUGUGUGCUGGGAAAAUGCAGAGCUGCCGUGGAGAAGAAGUCCAUUCUGGCUUGCCCUCCGAGUGUGCAUCCAACGGCUGCUUUACUUGAGUUUGGGAGCUGAACUAGGACGUAUACAGUAUAAAUUCGCAAUGUGCACUCUGAUGGCGCGCCUAUUAUCGGAUUCUGUCAAUACAAUCGAUCCAGAGCAAUGUAAUUUCCUCAAGACAAAGCUCUGUCGCCGCCUUGCAAAAUUGGAGACGGACAAGCAAAAUUCAUCUGAGGGUGUGCGGGAUGCAUAUGCACGGGUGUUUGCUACCAUUGGGCCAUAUUGUCAACAGUCAAUCAGCAAAGCAACCGCUAUCUUUGAAGCAAAAUGGAAGUCUUUUAGGAACACGCUUUGCCGACGAAUACCGCUGCUUCCAAAUCGCGCUGAGGACAAAGACUUAAAGUUGGCGUUGCGGAAUAGUUUGGGGUAUAUGGGACAUAUCCUUAACCCGUCCCAAGUUUCAACGUGGGUUCAACGUACGGUAGAUCCAGCAAUGCUUGGGCAGCAUUCUAGAAAGGAUACCACUGAGCAAUUCGGAGCACUGAUGACGCGGUACUUCUUACUGGCAGAGAAAGAGCGAGCUAUUGAAUCCGAUGCACGAGACAUCCCAGAGAGCAAGGAUCGUUGUGAAGCUCUAUGUAUAGAUCUCGCACAUCAAAUUAAUGAAUAUAUUGGUGCUGUUGGGAAUGCGUACGACUACGAUCCCGAGCAAAUAAGUAUUUUUGUUCUUAGCAUAUUCGAGAUGUGGAUGCAUAUGGACCGGUGUGCGACAGUCGCAUAUCCCUUGCUUAAGGACUACCACCCAUGGAUAAAACCCGAGAUGCUGGAUGUGCUACUCCUGUCAAGAUGGGUUGAUAUGGAACGCCUUCAGAGGAUCCAGCUUUAUCUCGAUAGACGCUGUACGGAAGCGAAAACGGUCAAUAUGACUAUUUUCACUGAUCCAGAUGCUGGAGGUUUUACAGAUCAAUAUUUCGACUUGGAGGAAGCUAGAAAUAUGCGUGCCUUGCAAGGACAAAUUGAGACUGCCUCUUUAGCAGCUCGAAAUAGGAAGGAGGAUGAGUUGCAACGAGUUAAUGCGGAAUACGAGGAUCUUACCGAGAAAAAGGCAUCCAGCUCUUGCACUGACCGAAGGCAUCCAGAUGGGACCCAUGAUAUUAAGGGAUGUAGUCAUUGUUACUACGGUAGGUGUUGUCGGCGCCUUAAGAUAGAUGUCCACGAGGACUUUCUACCGCCGGAGAGCAAGCGUGUUGAAAAGAGGGCGAUUAUUUUCGAACUCUCCUUACCGAAACCUGUGGCGGCCUAUCGAAAUUCUACAUGGAAUAUUAUCACAACGCUCUGCUAUCAGGCAGAAGCGUUAGCUUCAGAUGAGCCGGAAAUGUUGCUUUGUGAUUACACCCAGCUGAAAAUGUAUAGCAGCAGCAUCAACAGUAGACGAGGAAUUUCUUUAGCGUCUGAUACAAAAUCAUAUCUAGGGACACAUUACAAAUCGAAAAAAUUCCCAGUAAAGACUCGAAAUGUUUUGCUCCCGUUGGGAUUGAAGUUUUCAUACUACGACGAAGAACGCAAAAUAUGGCUGAAGAAUUUUCCCAAGGAGCUGACUUUGGCGCAUCAUUCUGCAAUGCAUCUACCCAGAAACCUGCCAUUUUCAGCCCUCUACGCUUCUUCUGCCUUUGCAGCUGACGGGCCAGGCCCUUCAUCAUAUGCAUCCAUUGCCAAAAUUCCCGAAUGCCCAUCCAACAUCAGCAUCCACGAGUUUAUUGCACACCAGAAUCUUAUGGGCGGCAAAAAUCGACGUUGGUUUUCGAUUCUGUGCGAGCUGGGAUCCUCAAAUGUUAACUUCAGCCUUCAGGAUACGAUGGUGCUCUUUCGUCUUCUCGCACUACAGGCUGGACCCAGGUUAAACGCGACCGACGAUACAUUACGAGCCGUGCAUUUCGUGUUUAGGGAUUCUAACUUCUGUGACAGGUUAAUUGAGCAAAUCAUGGUACAUGUGGAAAUGGUAUCGUCUAACUGGCGUGAGAGCAAUUACAUGGAAACCCUGCUUAUCUUGACAAACCAGCUUUGCGCUUUCUGCUGUGUGGAAUCACGCAGACGAGCGCAAGAACUCCUGUUGACGAUUCGGAAAGCCACACUUACUUGGAUCACCCUUCUGAGAAGCGAGAUGCGCAAUGCCCAAGAAGCGGACACUGCAGAAAGAACGGCUAAGUACUGCUUUAUAUCUACCCUCCUGUGCCGUAGGACAUUCGUGCCCCAGGCUCGCAGCAGCUUAGAGCUAGAUGCAGAAAGUUUCCGCUGCUUUAUUGAGGCGACGCUAGCUAUGCAAGAAAGUUUGGUGAUCGACCUAAGUAAAUUCACACCAUGGACGCGCAGUAUGCUUGUUCGGGACAUCAAGAUGAUGGAGGCCAUGCGCCCUGUACUUCGGGAGUCAGUUAUAAAAUAUCCCGCCAGCUUAGGAUUGGCCAUUGAUGCUUUCUGGCCGAAUGUUGUUUCUAACUCGCGAUCAUAUACUGAGUGGGAAUUUCUACUACAUUCGCACGAGUGGUGGGUUACUUCAACCGUUCAGGCUGCAGAACACACCGAACCCCAAGUUCUGCAUUACCAUCUACUCGAGGGCCACCUACUCGUGGAUGGGCGAGCGAUGGGCAAAUUGCCAACAGAUAUUCGGGAUUCGGAAAGCUUGAAGGAAUUAUUUGGCAACCAACGCCUUGUUGCUUUCCCGUCGAGCAUGCCCGGAAUGAGCUAUACGCUUGCGAUGGAUAAGGACGGUCACCGUGUCCAUAUAGGAUAUCGAGAGCAGCAGUUAAUUAUACGAGCGCAGAAAUCUGGUAAAUUAUUGGAGCUCAUUCCUCGCUAUGUGUUUGGCUACGGACAAUCAUCGGAUUUACCGGUCCAACUAGUUGAUAACUGCGUUCACUGGAUGGACAUCGAAUCUGGAAUUGUUGAAAUUAGGAGACAACCUCAUAUUUGGAGAGAUAGUGCCUGGACUAUAAACGUCCUGACUCGCAGAGUCAUGCGGCGACAUGUCCAUUUGGUUGAUCCACAUUGCGCUCUUUUCGCCUCGGUGGCACAAAUUUUCGAAGAUUUUGAACAACCUCAUAUGCUGAUGGUGGUCCAGUCGUUGAAAGGAGCCCUCUCCGUGGAGUUAAAGCGAAUGGACCUCACUUUCUAUGUUAAUAGGAAACGUCUGCUGCAGUGUAAGCAGCUAGCCGCAGAGAUAGAUCCAAAUCAGGAUGCAGGUACUCUCUAUGGACUCAAAAGCAUGCUCAUCCUUCGCAAUAUACACAAUCGCUCACAGCGUAGUGUUAUCACAAUGCUGGGAAGGCCAUUCUAUGAGCGUCUUGGGAUGCACGUUGUUGUUCGAAUAGAAAAUACUGGUUCCUAUGCACGAUACACGAUUGACAACAUCCUCGGGCGUCUCUACAGCCCACCGGAGCCACGGCUUCUGUACAACAAGGCACAACUGCAUGCAUUGACUUCAUUCUUUUUGCCAGACCCCCUUACAGGCCGUACAGGCACAGAAGAAGCAUUAUCUUGCUUGCAGUCGGGAUCUUGCCAACCUUCAACUCCUCUUAACAGGAUGCAUUUUCAAAUACUGGAAACGCUCUCGACUUUGACUCCAAGACGAGAAUACUACCCGAAAGGCAGAAAAUGCCAGCAGUCGGUGUUCUGGGAUCCCAAACUGACGACUACUAUCCAGCACGAUGGGUACAAAACAGUUGUUGACUCAAUCGUGGAGAAAUCAGAGAUAUUGUCUCUAUUUCACUUAGAGAUUGGAAACCAUAACAUGGAUACGUGGUCUAGUGCUAUACACCUCCAAGAACGGGCCCGCUGGAGAAGAUCAAUCUAUGAACGUAGAGGAAUAUUUUUCGCAGAACCCGAUUCACCACAAGAUUUGCCAUAUGCAACGCGAGAUGGCUGGACAAGUUCUCGACGCACAUCUAAUGUGAGUGAAGUUGUGACCUUGCUUAGGAAGCGGCCUUUAUCUCUUCGUACGACACCCAAGCUGGUGGAAAUAUUCCAGAAAUGGCCUGUUAUUGGUGGAUAUAUUAGUUCUUUUACAACAAGUUCCCUAAAUGGGUGUCUAGAUAUCGAUCUUGGUCACGAAUGGGGCAGUUUGGUUCUUCUCUGCAGAGACAGCAAACUGGAAGACUCUUACCACCUUAUGUUCCUGCUGGGAAUCGUUGCGUAUAAAAGUGGCGUUGACAUGGAAGUCUUGCGAUCGAUUGUCGCAUUUUUUCUGCUGGAUGAUCUCAAGCAGCUUCAAUAUCCUCCUUAUUCAUUGUUCACUGGAUUCGAGGCGGGCGAAGAGAUCAAACUUGAUGCACUAGUCAACCUGGCAAUGCCAUUUUAUGAGCCAUACCGAGAUCCUCCUAUACAAGGAAAGAAAAAGAAAAGGAACAAAACUCUCCAGGAAAUCCGUCGGCUGGAGCUCGCUAGGGAGGAUCAUGAGUUGAGAUGUGUCGAUGAGUGUCAGAGAUUUGCGGCAUUGUUGCAAAACCAGUGGCCAUGUGCGGAGCCCACUGUAGAAGGGUUUGAAUCGACAUAUCUAAAUGUUCAUUUGGCUAUGAAGGAGAUUAUUCCCGAGUGGCAAAGAUUGUACAAGAACUUGCAGCUGUUUAACUAUGUUCAAGAAGUUCAAAUGAUCCUCGACAAACACUCAGCUCCCAUAAAUUCUGUUGAUGAAAGCCCUACAUGUCUGCCAUAUAAAAUAUACGGAGACAAAAGGUGUGAUUAUUCUAUUCCUCUCUUAGGGGGGGCGCUUCUGCAAAAGCCAGGGCCUAUGAUCAACGCAUACCACAACUCAGAGAGCCUUAAACAAUUGACUAGCGAGACGACCGCAACCAUCUGGCAGACUUCGCUUAUUAAACCCAAGGCAUAUAUCAAGCCUGAAACAAUGGAGAUUGAGUCAAUUGUCGGUGCUAUUAUAAAUUCAGAUUGUCCGGUCCAAUUGAAAUAUGGUCAAGAUCUGAAGGGAAGUAUUGCUGCACUGAAACUGGUCGAGCGAGAAGCAAAGCAAAAGAUCAGCGUGAAUACCGAUUACUUGGAGGGAGUUAGGUGGUUCAACAAUAAAAUCCACACAGCUCGCACGUGUGUAGAUCAGCAUUAUAAUCAGAUUGUCGAGUCCCUAUCACAUGGAGACUCGAGAUUCGUGUGGCUGCAACAGAGCAAUCUUUGGCCAUGUAUAAUGCCCUUGUCUAUCCUCCAACAGCUUGGAUCAAAAUCACACUGCUUGUUUGGGCCGGGUAUGAAAGACGCGAUAAUUGCAUAUGGAUUGGCGAUUGUUCAGCUACAAAAGCUGAUCCGGAUGAAGGAAGCCUUUACAAGAAACGACAAGGAAACACUGCACCAAGAGUAUAGGAACCGCGGCCAUGUUAAUUGGCAGCCUUCUGAUUAUCCGGACUGGCUGCUAUUGGAAAUUGACGCGAAUAUGCAGAUUCGCGAGGAUCAGGCUACCGUGGCCUUAGAAAUAAUCUCUCCCAGCUCAGGCUCCAACUCCGUUCUGCAAAUGAAUAUGGGUCAAGGAAAGACAUCUGUUAUUAUGCCAAUGGUUGCUUCUAUACUAGCCGACAGAAAAACACUUACUAGGAUUCUAGUACCGAAGGCUCUGUUAUCGCAAACUAUACAGGUCCUUCAGUCCCGCCUGGGAGGACUCUUGGAAAGAGAGAUAACUCAUAUCCCAUUCUCACGACGGACACCAACGGGUACGGACCUUAUUAAGAAAUACCGUUGGAUCCAUGAGGAUCAAUUAAAUAAGUCAGCCAUCAUUGUGGGGAUUCCCGAACAUGUUUUGUCAUUUAAACUUAGCGGGAUCCAGCGAAUAUCCGACUUGAAAAUCCCUGAAGCAUCCGAAAUGGUUGCAGCCCAGUGCUGGAUGGAUCAAGUUUGCCGUGAUAUCCUUGACGAGUGUGAUUUCACUCUGGCUGUUAAGACACAGCUUAUCUAUCCAAGUGGUUCACUGCUGUCGGUUGAUGGACACCCCAAUCGCUGGGAAGUCACUAUGGCUGUCCUCGGUCUUGUUGCACAUAAUCUACAUGAUCUUGCUCAACAAUUCCCACAGAGCAUUAACGUUGUGGAACGGACAGCCACAGGAUUCCCUGUGGCGUAUUUUCUGAGAAAGGAUGCCGAAGAGGCCCUGACGCAAAGAAUAAUAAGUAAUAUUUGCGGUGGUCAAAUAUCACUUGUUCCCAUUCGGGACUGCACACAGGAAGAGCAAGAAGCAAUACGAAUCUUCCUCUCUCAGGAACACAUAAAAUACUCAGUCUCAAAAUGUGUUUCAGGACUUUUUCCGGAUGCACCCAAGGUCCGGAAGAACAUAUACCUCCUGCGUGGGCUACUCGUGCAUGGUAUUUUGCUCCUAUGCCUGAAGAAAAGAUGGAACGUCCAAUACGGACUGCAUCCGCGUCGUGAUCCCAUGGCUGUUCCAUUCCAUGCCAAAGGCGUCCCCUCUGACCAAGCUGAAUGGGGCCAUCCCGAUGUGUCCAUACUUUUCACUUGUCUUGCCUUCUAUAACCAAGGCCUUAGCCUGCCUCAACUUCUCCAGAGCUUGCAGGGAAUUUUAAGAUCUGACGAUCCUGCCACAGAGUAUGAUCGGUGGACCCAGGCAUCACUCACAUUACCGGAACCAUUAAGGCAUUGGAACACCAUCAACGUCGAUGACGAAGGCCAAGUCACCGAGAUAUGGCGGCAUCUUCGCAUGAAGAUGGUUGUUAUUAAUCACUUCCUGAAGAAUUAUGUAUUCCCUGCCCACGCGAAACAGUUCAGUGUUAAAGUGCAGGCCUCCGGGUGGGACAUUCCUCUGUUUAGCAACAAGACUGUCAUGUCUCCAGUUGCUGGGGUCCGGAGGUCGGGGUUGACAAGUGGCUUUAGUGGCACCAAUGAUAAUCGAAGGCUUCUUCCUCUUACGAUUAAACAGCAAGAUCUUCCUCAGUUGCUACACACCAAUGCGGAGGUUCUCACUUACCUCUUGCAGCAGAGAAACCGACUAUACCAGCUUGCGGUCACCAAAGAUGGUAGCCGAUUCUCAGAACUAGACCUCGUCACUUAUCUUAUGCAAAGGAAGAUUAGAGUCCUCAUCGACGCGGGGGCUUUUAUCCUUGAAAUGGAUAACCGGACGCUUGUCAGGGCUUGGCUCCAGGAGGAUACCCAGGCUCAGGCUGCGAUUUACUUCGGACUGGACAAUAAGCCCUGGGUCCAGUACCAAAACGGGAAGAUUGCUCCGCUUGUAGCAACCCCUUUCGCUGAUAACAUGGAUAAUUGUUUGGUCUACUUGGACGAAGCCCAUACUAGAGGUACCGAUCUAAAGCUGCCGCCUGAAGCUCGUGGGGCGUUAACUCUGGGCUUAAACCAAACGAAAGACCACACGGUCCAAGCUGCAAUGAGGCUACGUCAGUUGGGCACAACGCAGUCUGUCACCUUUGUUGCUCCACUGGAGGUGCAUCAGAGCAUUCUAGAUGUUCGUCAGAAAAGUGCAAAGGAACAUGUUGAUUCAUCGGAUGUCAUUUCCUGGCUUCUCCAUCAGACCUGCACGAAUACUAGAGACUUGCAGUCUCUAUACUUUGCUCAAGGUGCAGAUUUCUGUUAUCGGAUGCAAGCAGUGGAAAGUUAUAGGGAGUUCCUAACGAAUGUUGAUCAUCGCAAGGCAUAUAUGGGGUACUUGCAGCAAAGUGAGCAACAGACACUGGAACAGCUGUAUGAGCCGAAGUCGGACAAGGAACAUGAUAUAGCAACUUCGUUGGAUACCGCCAAAUUGCCUCUUAGUGGAAAACUAAGUAUUUUUAUGGAAGAGCUUAGGGAGAGUCGCCGACAGUCGCAUGUGGGUCACGGCUCAGUGACCAGUUCAGCGUUAGAGGAGGUAGAACAAGAGCGAGAGGUUGCUUACGAAAUUGAGGAGGAGAAAGAAAUGCAACGUCCUCAUGCCAUGAAAGCGCUGAAAUUCCCUGGACUACAUAAAUCCAUUCUUAACUUUUUACAGACUGGAAUUCUACAAGAUAAAGGUGGCUAUAUGAAUGCAUCAUAUGUCCUAGAAUCAUCAGAGUUGGGGCUGAAACACAAAAUCGACGCUUCAACACUCCUUCCGCAGCUCUACGUUUCGGUAGAGUUCACGAGAACUGUGAUGAAGUCGGGUAAAACAAAUGAUAACUUUAUGCGUCCUGUCAACUGGCUUCUUUGGAGUAUCGAGACUGGUGUCGGUAUUGUUAUUAUUCCCGAAGAAGCCGAAGAGGCAAUUUCUCUUCUUCGUACAGCUGCAAGGUCACCCGUGCACCUAGUAUUAUAUGCGGCACCAUUCACAAAGAGAAUGCUACACUUCAACAAUCUGGACUACUAUGCGUUUCCUAGCCUCCCGACAGGCUGGGUUCCACCAGCAUGGCUUCCAUUCGAGCUCGGCAUUCUAGCAGGACGACUGUACUUUAAUUUUUGUGAAUAUCCUUCUCUGUUGGAUCGCCUCCAGUUAGAUCCUGAAGAUUCAUUGAAGACCAUGGAGGCCCUUGCUAGAGGCCAUUUCAACUUCCUGCAGGAGUGGUUGUCUCUUCGCCGCCAGGGACAGGAUAUUUCACAUACCCCGAUGGGAUACAUAUGUCAGGGCUGGCGACUUCGCAGUGACCAUCCGUUCUUCUUGACGAAGCGCGCAGAAGGGCCCGACAGUGGUAGUGGCCAAUUCGUUCAGGUUCCAAGCUUCGAGGCACAGAGUGACCAUGAGGAAUUCUUGUACAGUGAUGACGAUGAUGAUGAUUCAGUUGUGGUAGAGGAAGGAUAUGAUGGGGAAUUAGGGGAAGAUGAGAUUGAUCGGCCGUGA